AUGUCCAUCCUCUUCACCACGGGCGCCACCGUCACCUUCCACAAGCUCGUGGACUACGUGGUGGAUCCUCAUUUUCUCACCCAGUUGCACAACCUUGGCUUCGACAAGUUUGCCAUUCAGUUUGGCAACGAGGUGUCGCCCACGCAUCACGUCAGCAAAAAAUAUUUUUCCGAUGCCAUCGAGCAAAAACAAUUGAUGGAGAAACUCGACUUGUCCAUCUUGAACGAGUUCAACGACAAACUGGUGACCAAGUUGGGCCUGUCGUCGUUGCAAAUCACCGUGUUCCCGUUUGCCCCCUCCAUCAACGACUACAUUGCCGCCGCCGACAUCGUGGUGUCCCACGCGGGAACGGGCUCCAUUUUGGACGUGCUAAGGUUGGGCAAGCCCUUGAUCGUGGUGACUAACCAGGACUUGAUGAACGACCAUCAGGAGGAAGUGGCGGCCCAGUUUGAGAAGUUGGGCUAUCUUUACCGCGUCAACACGCAAGAGAUGUUACAUGGAAGACUCCUUGAGCUCAUCACACGCUUUAAAAAGGGCCUGCUACGUUUUUCUCAUAUGCUGGCGCCUCCUGACGGCGUCAUUGAGAGGGUUCUUUCCGAAGAGCUAGAUCGUGCACGUAGGUGA